AUGCGCGCCGUGACAUUCACAGCUCUUAUAUCUGGUGCCGCUGCUGCAACAACGACCGUCAGCGUCGUCGUGCCCACUUAUGCACCCGCGGGUGCACCUACCGUUUCGCCUGGCUUGAUCUCGUAUUCCAUCGAGCAGGACCGCUGGACGGACUGGGUGGGCACUACCUCGCCUAACCAGUUCUUUUUCAACGUGCUCGACAACGUGAAACAAAUCACGGGGCACGCGCCUUGGCUCCGCGUGGGUGCGGACAGCGAGGACCACACCGUAUUCGACCCGAGUGUCCCAUUCGAGGAGGCCGUGUUCCCCGCGAUCUCCACGACCGUUCCGUACCCGGAAGCAACGAAUAUUACUGUCGGAAAUGGAUUUUAUCAAGCUAUCGCCCAUGUUCCUUCAGGCACCCAAGUGAUAUUCGGUCUAAACCUAGGACUCAACAACGUCACGAACGCGAUCGAUGAAGCCAAUUCCAUUCGAGCCGUGUUCAACUCGCCGCCCGUGAAAGCUGCCGGCAUUACGCUUGACUUUCUGGAAAUCGGCAACGAAGCUGACCUCUACAAGAACAAUGGCUUGAGGAACUCGUCUUACAGCCCCGCCAACUACGUUGCCGAUUGGACCGCGAUCGCAACCAACGUUACGAACGACCUCCACCUAACACCCAGCGGCCCCGGCCCCAAGUUCGUCGGUGCCGCAUUCGCCGGCUCUUCGCACACGACAGGCAGCUUCUCCCCCCAGGCGAUAUUCGCAGAUGGCAUCCUGAAUACCGCCCCCGGAAAGGUCAUCAAGACGAUAUCUCAGCAUCACUAUAGCGGCUCUUUCUGCAGCGGUAACGGAGGGUUGCUGCAGGAUCUCAUGACCAAAGCCACGAUUCGUUCCAACCUGACCGAGUACAACGCCGAUAUUGCUGCUGUGCAUGCCCAAGGUCUCAGCUACAUUCUUGGUGAAACAAACUCGUACGCGUGCCAUGGCGCCCCCAACGUAUCCAACACGGCCGGCGCCGCGCUUUGGUUGCUUGACUACUCCCUCUACGCGAGCCAGAUCGGCAUCGAGCGCCUGCACAUCCACAACGGGAUCGGCUACAAGUACAACCUCGUCCAGCCCGUGGCCCUGAACCGUUCUAUCCUCGACGGCUCGCCUCUCCUCGAGCCGCUGUUGCCGCACGUACAGCCAGCAUACUACGCGCAGAUCAUCGCGGCUGAGGCGCUCGGGCGCUCGGGAAGGACUCGAGUUGCAGAGCUGAACGUCAGCAGUCCGACGCUAGCUGGUUACGCCUUUUACGAAGGGGCGGUGAUCAAGAGGGCCGUGUUCAUCAACUCGAAGGCGUUCUUCGCGACCAGCACGACGAGGAAUGUCGCCCACGUGGAUCUGACCGGUCUUAGUGCGAGCAAGACCGCGAUAGUGAAGCGAUUGACGAUCCAACACGCUGACGAUGCCGGUGGCCUAACUUGGGGCGGUCAGACGUAUGAAACGCGUGAUGGACGCGUGGGCGGAACCUUGUCCCUGCAGACUGUGAAGGUCGGCGAGGGGGUGGAUAUUCAAGACACGGAAGUGGUGUUACUCAGUUUCGCCUGA